AUGGCAGGGCGACUCAUUGACGCAGGCGUGGACGCCGGGCUCGCUCGCCCAGCGCAUGAGCGAGCACUGGUUGCGCCGCCUCGACGUCCUGAACCGAGGCUACGGUGGCUACAACAGCAAGAUGUGAGCUACUCAGUUCUCUCGCAGCUAACAGACAGGGGUGUUGAGGCUUUCAAGCAGUCGUUUGGCACCGCCGCCGACCGCGCUGCUGGCCGGGCACAGAAGAUCCCUCUCAUGACACUGUGGUACGGUGCGAACGACAGUGUGCUCGAGGGGCGUCCGCAGCACGUAUCAGAGAACGACUACGGCAUGCACCUCUCCGAGAUCAUGACCAUGGUUACCUCUGAGAACUCGGAGUACUACUCGCCCGAGACGAAGAUUAUUCUCAUCGGCGUCACGCCCAUCGUGGAGGAGGACCGACACAAGGGCCAGCUCGCGCGGUGGAAGGAGUUUGGGUCCAAGGGCGAGGCGCCCACGCUCGACCGUAGCCUGCAGCACAGCGAGGAGUACCGCGACACACCCGGCAUGGUCGUCCAUGAAUGUCAUGAGGAGGAUGAGCCUAUCGUCACGCUCGAUGCGUGGGGCGCCAUCGAGCGAGCCGCUGGCGGUCGAGAGCCGGACAAGCUCCGCCCCUUCUUCUAUUGGUCGGAGAUUGACAUGAACAACGUGGAGAAGACGAUGGCGCCCAAGCCCAAGGCCGACGCUGGGUCAAAGCACGCCCGCGAGGAGGAAGACGCUGAUGUCGAGCAGCAGAAGAAGCUGAAGAACUAG